AUGUUUAAGGAGGGGAUUGUGCCUGAUGUUGUUUUGUACGCUAUUAUGAUACGUGGUUUGUCAAAGGAGAGCAGGGUUGGUGAAGCUGCUAAGAUGUUAGAAGAGAGGACUCAGAUAGGUUUAACUCCUGAUGCUUAUUGCUACAAUGCUGUAAUUCAAGGUUUAUGUGAUGUAGGUCUUUUGAAUCGAGCACAAUCUCUUCUUCUUGAAAUUUCUGAGCACAAUGUUUGCACGCACACAAUUCUCAUAUGUGAAAUGUGUAAGCGAGGAAUGGUUGCUGAGGCACAAGAAUUAUUUAAUCAAAUGGAGAAGCUUGGAUGUGAACCUUCGGUUGUGACCUUCAAUACGCUUAUAAAUGGACUGUGCAAAGCUAAUAAUCUUGAGAAAGCAAAAAUUUUAUUUUGCAAGUUGGAGGUCGGGAGAAGACUUUCGUUACACCUCAGUCUUUCUCAAGGUUCUGGUCAGGUUUCUGAUAGUGCCAGGCUCCUGAAAAAGGCGAAGGAAAUGUGUGAGGCAGGACAAAUUUUGAGGGCUUACAAGUUAAUCGCUAAUCUUGCUGGCGAGGUUAAGCCUGACAUCAUUACAUACAACAUUCUACUCAAUGCCCUUUGCAUGGAUCGUGAAGUUAACGCUGCUUAUAAUUUUUUUGAGUUCCUGCAAAAGAAGGGUUAUCCCUCACCCAAUAAUGUUACGUAUGGGACAAUUAUCAAAGGGUUGUUCAUGGUUGAUAGAGAAGAUGAGGCAUUUAAGGUUUUUCAACGUAUGCAGAAGACUAGCUCUGAACCUACCCUUUCAGUUUAUAGAACACUUAUGACUUGUUUGUGUAGAAAGAGCAAGGUCUCAUGUGCAUUCACUCUUUAUUUGGAACAUUUGAAGAGCCUUCCUAGUCGGGACAACGACUCAAUCAGUACUCUAGAAAAAUAUUUAUUCGGAGAAAAAUUGGAACAAGUGAUUCGAGGUUUACUUGAACUGGACUUCAAGGCCAGAGAUUUUAAAUUAGCUCCAUAUACAAUUCUACUUAUUGGGUUCUGUCAAGCAGGAAAAGUAUCUGAAGCAUUAAUUAUAUUAUCUGUUCUUGAUGAGUUCAAUAUCAAAAUCAACGCUACAAUAUUAAUCAUUAGCUGCUGA